AUGGAAUUUGUCCUGAUUGUUGGCUGUUGUGCUUGGCUGCUGGCUGCAGAUAGGCUUUUUAGCAGGUAUGGUUAUGUCACCCCAGAUGAUGUGCCUGAAUUGCUUGAUCAUUGGAUUUUCAGUUGGCCUCAUGUUGGUUUUCUAUUUACUGUUCAUGAGACUGUUCACGUGAAUAGCCUGGUUGCUACUUCUGCUAAUGUUGGUGGCUUCUUCUCAGAUGUUGGAUUCCUUCGGUUUUGUUCAACUGGUUUUGUUUGUUCGAUUGUUGCUCAGCUGUUUUUUUUUUCUGCUCUCAGCUGGACUUUCAUCUGUUUUUCUUUGUGCCUUGCUGCUGGCCAUCCUGCUGUUUUUUGGUUUGCUUUGAUGGUGGCAUCUUUGGUUUUGCUCAACUGGAUUCCCAGCUAG